CUUUUGGUUGUGUGUGUCUCUCUCUGUGUGUGUGCGCCCAGUACUACUGUAUUGUACUGUGAGAAGGUAGGAAGAUAGGGGGCACCGCACCAAAAUCUCCCGCUCAACCCCCCCCCACAAACUCACUUUCUAACUUCAACGUUUUUUGUUUUUUUAAACCGACCACAGGACUUUAACAACUGAUCGCUUUAUUUAUUGAUUAAAUUUUCGGUUAGUUUAUGGUUUGUGUUUUUACACACCGGGAGGGCAGAAAUGGCCGCCAACAUGUACCGGGUCGGAGACUAUGUAUUCAUUGAGAAUUCCUCCAGCAACCCUUACCUGAUCCGCCGGAUAGAAGAACUUAACAAGACGGCCAGUGGCAAUGUGGAGGCCAAGGUGGUGUGUUUCUACAGAAGGAGAGAUAUCUCACACAGCCUCAUACAGUUGGCUGACAAACACGCACAGGACCUAGAGGAGGAGAAAGAGAGUCCGGAGGCGGACCUGACAGACAAACAGGAACACCAGUUACGUCACAGAGAACUGUUCCUCUCGCGCCAAUAUGAGAGUCUACCAGCCACACACAUCAGGGGGAAGUGUAGUGUGGCAUUGUUGAAUGAGACGGAAGCUGUUCUCUCCUACCUGGACAAAGAGGAUAUGUUUUUCUACUCGCUGGUCUACGACCCUACCCAGAAGACACUUUUGGCUGAUAAAGGAGAGAUCAGAGUGGGACCACGCUUUCAGGCCGACGUACCUGACAUACUACAGGAGGGUGACUCAGAUGAACGUGACCAAUCAAAGCUAGAGGAGAAGCUAUGGGAUCCUGACUGUCCUCUCUCCAGCAAACAGAUAGACCAGUUCCUGGUGGUGGCACGGGCGGUGGGGACGUUUGCCAGGGCGCUGGACUGUAGCAGCUCAGUCAGACAGCCCAGUCUACAUGCGAGUGCAGCCGCCGCCUCACGAGACAUCACACUGUUCCACGCGAUGGACACGCUGCAUCGUCAUGGUUACGACCUGUCCAGUGCGUUGAGUGUGUUGGUGCCGUCCGGUGGGCCGGUGCUGUGUCGGGACGAGAUGGAGGAGUGGAGCGCCUCGGAGGCAGCCAUGUUUGAAGAGGCUCUGGAAAAAUACGGAAAGGACUUCAACGACAUAAGACAAGACUUCCUACCGUGGAAGUCUCUGACCAGUAUAAUAGAGUAUUAUUACAUGUGGAAGACAACAGACCGAUACGUACAGCAGAAGAGACUGAAGGCAGCAGAAGCAGAAAGCAAACUGAAGCAGGUUUACAUCCCCACAUAGUAAGUGUGUGUGUGUGUGUGCGCGU